AUGACCACCUUCGCUCUAACCGCUAUGGGACUGCAAUUUGCAUUCCAAAACUACAACGGCAACCAGGCUGUUCUUACCCAAGAUAAUCUCGCGAGCCGGGCCAAAAUUGGCCGUCGGAGCAACCCAGAGAUCGUUCUGGAGUCCUGGAAGCUCGACAAUGACAGGUUGAAACGUCAGCAAGAGGUUAAGGUCCACAAAGGCGAGAACAAGAAGGUCUACGUCGGGCCAGCCCCUUCGUUCUCGGCUUCCCAACCCCUCCCAAUGGGUGCCGAAUGGUGGUUCGGAAACUAA